AUGGCAGUCGGCCAGUUGAAGACAUUGAUCGGAUCGAUCAGGAGGAAGCCCUCUACCGCUCCCGACCGCAAGACGAAUGGCGAAGCAGAACUCAACCCUCUGAACGAGAAGACCUCGCUCAUUCAUGACAUAACACAUAUGGGCGUGAAAAACAUGAAGACCGUAGCACAGGGCUUGACCACCAUUGCAUCCGGCGAGCCUAUGGACGACAAGGAGCUAUUACUGGAACAUGGCGUCGCUGCCCUCCAGGCUGCACCACCAAACAGCGGACUUUCUGCAACGGUAUCAGAAGGGUUCAUCAAAAUGCUUUACAACGAUCUACCUCACCCACCAGUGACGCUAGCUGGACCUACCGCCAGAUACCGAAGACACGAUGGAGGUAACAACAAUCCUUGGAAUCCCGAGAUGGGCAAGGCCGGCACCCCCUACAGUCGAAGUGUUCCUCCAUUGAGACCGAAAGGUCCUAAUCUCCCCGAUCCCGAGCUUGUCUAUGAGCAGCUUCUCAAGAGAAAAGGACCGUUCCGUGAACAUCCUUCUGGUCUCAACAGAUUGUUCUUCUCCUUCGCCACCAUCGUCAUACAUGAAUGCUUCCAGACUUCUCGGACAGAUCCUUGGGUCAACGAAACUUCGAGUUAUGUUGAUCUGAGUACUCUGUAUGGAAACACAGGAGUCGAACAAGAGCGCGUACGCACAUAUGAGAAUGGAACAAUCUAUGCAGACUCGAUUGCUUCAGAAAGAAUCAUGAUGAUGCCACCAGGCGUUAUUGCGGUCUUGGUCAUGUUCUCAAGAAAUCACAACAGUAUCGCACACUCAUUGCUUGCUAUCAACGAGGACGGCAAAUACAAAGACUGGGAUACCUUGGACGAGAAGAAGAGAACUGAACAAGAUGAAGACAUCUUCCAACUUGCUCGCAAUAUUAAUGUUGGCUUCUUCGCGACGGUCGUCCUUAAAGAUUAUGUCGCAGCCAUCUUGAACACUCCAAGAGCCAAUUCGGAAUGGUCUCUCGACCUUGGUGCUGAGAUCAAGCAAGCCGGUACACGAGUCGAGCGUGGUACGGGAAACGUCGUUUCGGUCGAAUUCGCUGUCCUCUACCAUUGGCAUGCGGCUUUGAGUGCAGCUGACGCAAAGUGGAUGGAAGAUCUACUCAAGAAGAAUCUUCCAGGACUCAAGUCGAUCGACGACGUGACACCGGACAUGUUCAAGAAGGUCCUGAUGACUGAGGGCCAUAAGCUGAAAGACUCCCUGCCCAGAGAGUGGACCUUCGGAGGCAUUAAGAGAAAGUCAGAUGGCAAGUUUGACGACGCUGAUCUCGCAGAGAUCAUCAAGGAUUGCAUCGAGUCUCCAGCACAUGCCUUUGGUGCGCACGGUACACCUGCCAGUUUAAAGAUUGUCGAUAUUAUGGGAAUGCUCCAGGCUCGUGACAAGUUUCAAGUCUGCACAAUGAACGAAUUUCGCCGGUACCUGAACCUGAAGGCAUACUCUAGCUUCGAAGAGUGGAACCCCAACAAGGAGACUGCCAGAGCUGCAGAGCUUCUGUACGGCCACAUUGACAAUCUCGAGUUGUAUCCGGGACUCAUGGCCGAAGUCACCAAGCCUCCUAUGGCUGGUAGUGGUGUCUGUCCAGGCCAGACGACUGGUCGUGGUAUCCUUGACGAUGCCGUGGCGCUAGUCAGAGGAGACCGCUUUCUCUCUUACGAUUUCAACAGUUCGACUCUGACAAACUGGGGUGUGACUAAGCUCAGCACUUCUCCUCCAGGAGCUUAUGGAGGCAUGCUUCCACAGUUGCUCCUCUCCGGACUUCCCAAUGCCUUCACUGGCACUUCUUCGUAUGCUCUAUUGCCGUUCUAUACACCAAAAGCUGCCGCCGGUAUUCUCAAGGGCAAUGGAGUGAUCGAUCAGUACGAUCUCACAAGACCGCGAAGUGAUAGAACUAUCAUCUCUGUUCACACACAAGAAGGUUGCAAGAAGGUCUUCGAAGAUCGCGAGAACUUUCGCGUCAUGUACCAGGCUGCAAUCAGACAAUGUACAGACGGACAUGACUUUAUGAUUGGAUGGGAUCAACAGAAGAAGCAUGACGACAGAUCCAAGAUCCUUCACAAGGUGUUCUUCGAAGAGAACUUCGAGGCAAACGUCACAAAGUUCUUCCGUACGAAUAUCCCACAGCUCAUCUCGAAGAGCUCGCUCAAGUACCAAGGAACCAGACGGUCCAUCGAUAUUGUCCGGGACGUCACCAACGUCACACCUAUUCUCUGGUUAGCAUCUCGUUUUGCGAUACCACUCAAGACUGCCGAGAAUCCUCGAGGCAUGUUGUCAGUCCCUGAGCUCUUCGGUAUCUACUUGGUGCUGUUCAUGUAUCAGAGCUUCAAUAUCCAGCCUCUUGUUGAGACUACAUUGCGCGAGGGUGCCAUGAAGGUUGCACCAGUCCUACGCAAGAUCCUGCAGGCUCAUCUCGAGACCCAGCGAGGCUACAAAGAGAAUGUCGUGGAUUGGCUUGCCAAAGGCUCCGCUUACGAAGUUGGUCCAGACGCUGAUCGCAUCUACCAUGCGUUGAACGCAACAAAGCUUCCCAUUGGCGACCUGGUUGGUGAUUGUAUCGGCAUGGGCGCUCCAGUCGCCGGUAACAUAACUCAACAAGCAUCGCUGCUCAUCGAUCUGUUCCUCAGCCCUGGCUAUGAAGUCUACAAAGAUCGCAUCGUCGAGCUCGCUCACAGAGAUGAUCCCGCAUCAGAGCGCGAGCUUCAGGGGUUCGUCUACGAAGGUAUGCGCCACGCAGGCGUAGUCCCAGGACUCCCUCGCGUCGCUUCUCAAGACGUCACCAUCAACGACGGCGCCCGCGGUCCCAUUCAAAUCAAAGCCAACCAAACCAUCCUAAUCGCAACAUCCAAAGCUUCCAUGGAUCCCGUAGCGUUCCCAAAUCCUGAGAAGUUGGACCCUCAUCGUCCAUUCAACUCGUAUGUUCUUCUUGGUCAUGGACUGCACUUCUGCUUUGGUGCAAGAUUGGUGGGUGUAUCGUUGGCUGCGACGCUCAAGGAAGUCUUCAAGUUGAAGAACUUGAGACGUGCUAAGGGUCGUGCUGGGCAGUUUUCGAUUGUUGAGCAUGAGGUCGCUGGGGUGAAGAUGAGGCAGUAUCUUGAUUCUUCUUCAAAGGAGUCGCCGAUUCCCACUACGCUUACUCUAGAGUAUGAUGAGUAG